UACAGUCCAUAGUUGCGUUCCCGAGUGAAGUGCACUGAUGGAGUGCGAGCGGCUUUAUUACAGAACACCGGGCGCGCGCACUCACUUUAAUUUCAAAGGGUGAAGGUGACGUCACCGCAGGUCCAACGAAGUCUAUAGAAAAGGAGAGCGCAACAUUUCCCAGCCUUCAUUCUUCCGCGAGAGGUCAAGUGUGGAUUAGGAUGGUCAUCAGAGUGUACAUCGCCUCCUCGUCCGGGUCUGUCGCGCUGAAGAAACAUCAGCAGGCCAUCGUGGGCUUUCUGGAGGCCAACCGGAUCAGUUUUGAGGAGGUUGACAUCACCAUGCUGGAGGAUCAGAGGCUCUGGAUGUACCGGAAUAUUCCUGAAGAGAAACGACCUGAAAAAGGCAAUCCUCUCCCCCCUCAGAUCUUCAAUGGAGACGACUACUGCGGCGAUUAUGAAGAUUUCUUCCAGUCUAAAGAGAUGAACACAGUGUUCUCAUUCCUCCGUCUGUCCCCUGUAAAGGACUCUGAAUCGUAGAUCGUGCUGUUGACAUUGAUGUAACUCUCGUCCUCUACUCUGAAGCCCUCACUGCCAGCAAUGCUUUCUGCCAAACACAAGCUGCCCUCCGGCCCAGCUUUUCCGAAGAAACAUCUUCUCAUUCAAACACACACGUACACAGGGUGAUUACAUAUGUUUUCUAUGGCUAAUUAAUUAUUUAUGUGCAUUGCUGUUUUGUUUCAUUUGUUGUACACGUGUUGCAUGAAAAGCCUAUUCUGCUUUUUUAAACAUGAUACAGGGAUAGAAAGUGAACUUAUACCUGUGUGUGUGUUUUGUGUGCAUAAGACUUACAUUGUUAAUCUACACAAAGAGAAUAAUAAGUAUGCAAGUCUCUUGUAAGUCGUUCUUUGUUAAGGAGCUCAGACGGACGGCCAAAAGGAACUGUUGGGAAACAGCAGAAGAAUUUGGUAUAAUGUUGUCCUUUCGGCAGGCUUUGAUCUAUUUGUAAAAAGAAGUUCACACCAAAAACAGCCUCAAAACAGGAAAUAGAUUCCUGACCUGAAUUAAUAUCUCAGCAUAACAGAGCUGAUCUAAGCUUAGUGUUUCCACGACACAUAAUGGCUCUUCAAAGCUUUUCAGAGUGUUAAACUGGUCCUGAAUCAGUUUUCGAACACCUUAUGCUUUAUUAGUAGAAUUUCAGAUCUCACUCCUACAUCCUUUUCUCAUUCCUUCUGCUGGAAAACAUGCUAAAGAACUCAUAUCUUGUUUUUUUCUCUUUAUUGUUCUGUUAAAAUGUGUUUUUCUUCUCAGGGGUAUGGUAGCAUGUAGCAUGUAUCACACUGUGAUGCCUUGACUCCCAGCUCACCCAUUUAUGUAGCUCAUAUAGUGACUUAUACAAAGCAGGGGAGAAUAGUUGGUUUACGCACAGUGUCGGUUGUGUGGAACAUGUUUUAUAUUAACACAGUCUACUCUCUUUUUUCUUAUGACAAUCUACUGCCAUUCUCCCCCAAAACCACCUUAAACAAAACAGACUCACUCCCAAACAUACUUUCAUUACAUUUUCCAUUUACUAUUCAUUUAGAUUGCAUCACUCCUCCCAUUCCACAUGAAUAAGCACUAAAUGUAUGUUUACGCACACAUACACACACACCAUUCUCAGGACACAAUCAUGUUUAUGUCACACACACAUAUAGUCACACAUAUGUAUAAUUCCUCUCUAUAUUGAUGUUUGUAUGAAGUUACUGUUGUUUACUCUAAAUGAAUAAUUUAAAAAUCUAAUUUUUAAUAAAGUAUAUAUAUAUAUAAAAAA